GUAAUUGGUUGUAGACUGGUUACAAAAACUGUUCCUGUUGCCAUGCACAUCUAUCGAGAGCAGUUGUUUCGGCCCUGAUUUAGCGCCAAUUAGUCUAUUUAUACCACCACUCCCUACCUGCCAAGACAAAAAAAUCAGACUUUAACCUGGUAGAACAAUCAAUAUCCUUGUGUUUAGGUUUGGUUUCACGUUUCAGCUAUACCAAGCUACUAUCUAUACCCGUGUAAUUAGAUUAUUCAAAAAUUUAUUCUUCAACUCAAAAUUAUGAGAGUCAAUCUUUCAGCAGCGCUGUUUUUUCUUCUGCGUGUUAAAUGAAACAUUUUCAUAAGUGCAUGUUUGCGCCUUCCUUUUAACCGUACAUUAGAGCUCAAAGGUAAGCAACUCGCAAAAUCACUUUAAUUUUUCUGCCUUAACAUUUUUCAUAUUUCCAACAUAAUACAGCCAUUGAAAGCGUUAAAUAUAUACCUCUGUGGUGACAUAUUUAUGAAAAAUAUAUUCGCUUUAUUUCCUGUUGAUACCAAAUGACAAAAAAGUAGGUAAGCCAACGGCAAACUUAAAUAAACUUUUAUCGAAAAUGAAGAAAAAGUAACACUUCACAAACAUUAUCGACGUUUCAGCUUAUAAAUUGUCUCCACUGAUUUCCAAGUAUUUUUAGAGAUACUUUAACAUUAAUACAGCUUUUUGUCUUCGUAUUCUGGCCUUCACAUACCUUUCCUUAAUUCGUUUCCAUUCUGAAAUUUUUUAUUAGUCUCGAAAACUCCAGAUACCCUGAAAAUUUCUGCGAAUUUGCUCCCAAAUUGGUCCUCUCAUUUCCUAAUUCAGUUCUUUUUCUCCUCAAGCUGAGCCUCUUUCACCUUCAUCUAUUCACAUGUCAUCGGAAGCGGCUGAUUCAAACUCGGAGAGUAACUCAGGCGCAAACACGCCAACAAGGCGAAAACAUUUCACGGUUCAUUUGAGUGGCAAGAUUCGGAAAGCUUUUCAUCACACCACAAACGAAAAUAAAUUGGACCAGGACGACAAAAAGUUGAGUAAGAACAAAAAAUAUACAAAGAGUUUGCGGCCUCCAGAGUUGACCUUGAAUGAUGCCAAAAUUGGCCUGAGCUCGAAAGAAUCUUCGGCAACUGAGGGAAUAUCAGAAGGAUCUAGUCCCUCUGAAAACACUGCUCCACUAUUAAAUUUACCCUUCACUAAAUCAAAACUUAAAGCAAGAAAUCGAGCGAAAAAAGAUAACAAUUAUUUGGACUCUCAUUUUUUAUCGGUCGAGGGUGCAUCAGGCACUCAGAGAAAACGAUCGAGAUCGAUCAAUAUUGAUGAUCGGCUAAAUCGACUAUCCAAUCAAUUUCUAGAUCCCAGAAAUUAUUCCCGUUCUAAAGAAAGCCUUCACAAAACCCUAAGUUUAGUCAGGUCGAACCAAGGGCAAAGUCACGAUGAAAUCAGAUCCUUUCUAACCAAUCACAAACAAUCACCACUGAAAAAGUUUUUCUUCACGACUUUACUUGAAGGUCACAGGUGUGAAGAACUUAUCAACACAAGCUCAAAAGUGAUCAUUUUGGAUUCAAAACUUCCAAUUUCGAAGGCGUUUCUUGCAUUAUUUCACAACAAUUUGAGAGCCGCGCCUGUAUGGAAUAGCGAAAGUUUAAAUUAUGAUGGUAUGAUGACAGUUACUGAUUUCAUAGAAGCCUUGCUGAACAGACACCAGAUGGCAUUAGAUGUGAACUUCGAGAAGUUUUCCAAGAUCAAAAUUGGGAACCUUAAAAAGACAUGCAAGUGGCAGCCACUCAUCUUCACCUCCAGUGACUCCACCCUCUACCACUGCCUUGGCCUCCUCAUCACCCACCAGAUACACAGACUGCCCAUAGUGGACCACAGUGAGGAGGGGAUGAGCAACAUCCUCGGAUUCGCAUCCCACAGAUCCAUACUCCAGUUCAUACACAGAGCACAGUUCCACAAGCCCUUGUUCUACUCCCAGGCCAUCGCACACCUCAACAUCGGAACUUACGGCUUGGAUAACCUUAGAACAGUGAACUGUAAAAUGAUCACGUGGGAGGUUUUGAGACUGUUCAAGAAAACAGAUCUAUCAGUGAUUCCCGUUUUGGAUAGCGAAUGUCGCUUUUUAGGGUUAUACUCCAAAGAGGAUGUUUUUCACUUAGGCGCCAAUCAACUAACUGAAGAUUUCAUGGUCCCAGUUGAAAGAUGGUUGAACAAAUUUUCUGUCAAUCGAUACAAAAAAUGCAAGUCCAGUGACCGAUUAUCGGUGGUCAUCAAGAAGUUCUGCGAAAACAGGGUUCGUCAUUUGGUCAUAAUAGAUGAUGGGGGUUUUCUAGAAGGUAUCAUUUCCAUUUCAGACGUGAACAAGUUCAUUCUAACCAAUCAGGAUGCGGAAGCAAAUAGCGAAGAGUCGGCUAAUUCUUCAACUUCGGCUAGUAGCACUAAUGUCUCGGCCUCUAGUUUGAACCAUUUUCGAUAG